ACUGACGCAGAUAUUUGAUCUAGGGUGCUGUGCCUUCUGCUCUGCAUAGAUUUGCGUUCUUCGGGGAUGCUGAAGCGUCUUGUGGUGUCUUCUGUCGUAGUAGGCGGGUUGAGUAGUGUGGCGGUGAUGUUCAGGUGUUUUGCGAAGAGAGCGAGAGUUUUGAAAUAGUUGAAUUGUUUUGAUUUGUGGUGGAUUCAAUGGUUAUAAAUUUUAUUGAAAUAUCGUUUGUAGUGUGAUGUUUUGUAAAGUGAAAAAGGUUCACAUCAGAAUGGAGAAAAACAACAGUAAAAUAUCCGGAUAUUUGGAGAAAAAAGGAAAAAUGAAAAUGAUCAGUUGUUAUAAAAAAUACUGGUUCGUACUAGAAGGUGGACUUCUCCUCUACUACAGAUCCAAGGCCGACUACGAGACGAUUUCUCCCUGCAAGGGAUCCAUCAAUUUAGGACCACCCUGUAACAUCAAACCGUGUGCUUCAACGACAGGAGUUUUUCAGAUUCAAACUCGAACUGCCGCAGUUACUCUGAGAGCGGAAAACCGUGAAGAACAAAACAGAUGGAUGCAAGCCCUCAUGUCCGAAAUAAAUCCGAACAAAAACCAACAGAGAAUGAGCCAUUUUCGAUAUUCCAUGGACGAUUUGCAGCAGAAAGAACCAACGGAGACCAAAAAACAAACACCACCAACCAACAACCACCAAAGACAAAAUAUACCACCGAAAAAUGAAGACCCAAAUAGUCAAAUAACAACGGACGUUAUCAUACAGAGGCUCCAGAAAAUGGGCGCACAAUCCUGCAUACCGCAAGGCACGCCAAAAAAAUUACCGACCGCAAGAAAAACUCCACGUGAAAUCUCCCAGAGUAUCGAAAACUUGUCAAGAGUUCUAGAAAACACAGAAUAUGCCGACUUGAUGCAAAACAGUGACUAUGACGUGCAUUCACAAACUUGCAAUCAGUCCUCCGACCACAUAUACGAAAGAAUAAAAGCGGAACUCAUAGAUAACACCAUAUACAGCGUGCCUGAUAAGAGCUGCCGUCAGAAAACAAAAAAAUAUAUGACGUUGCCUGACAAAGCUUAUAGCUCUCUAAGAAUAAGGUCACUGAGCGACGCAAAAAGGCCGAUUACUUUCAUCCUAGAAAACGAUACCUACUCUGUCAGUAUUCAUCAAAAAAUCAACGAAGAUCAUGAAGAAGAAAUCGAAAACAAGCAGCAAGUAACUGAUGCUCUCUGGGUAGAAAACGACCAAUACGCCUACACGAAUCCUAGAACAGACCAAAACGAAAACGAAGUCAUUGCAUCCGACAGUUCCGAGGAAAACGGAUACUCAGAAAUAUCCGAACUUUUCCAAAAGCCAGCAGAAAAUUCAGAACAUGCCUUGACCUUGAACACAACAAUCGAGCAUCAUGAACAAAAGAAGAAACCAAGCAAGAGUAAAACCAAAGAAAAAAGGAAAGACGAUGGGGAGAAAAGCGGCUCGAAGCUGGUGAAAAGGCCCAGUUUCUUGCGAAGGGUCUGGAAGAGGAAAGGGAAACACAAGACGAAAGAAAAUGAAGCUGAUGACGUCAUAUACGAGAGUGUACCGUCAGCUGUCGUGGAGAAGUUGGCUGCUGUGAAUGACGGGACGGCAGUGCAGAUGUUGACAGAACUGCAGAAUAUCCUUGAAAGCAAAAUGCCCAUUAUCAUUCGGCAGAUCACUAGCGAUGUAGGAUCCACCAUAAAUUCUCCAAAAUCUGAAACUAGUUCCGACUACAAAUCUGAAAGCAUCAUAGAAAAUGAUUUAUAUUGUGACAUUAAUGACCUACAACUACAAGAAAUCGACUCUCCGCCGGUACCCCCGAAAUCCCGGCAAAUAGACACCCCCUACCCAUUCCACGACAUCCCCCCUAACGUUAGACCGAUCGACCUGCCGGCCAAAAAGACAACAUCACCUUCGGACAACCUCAAAAGCAUCGACGAUAUCCUCCAAGACCUCGAAGAAGAACAACCCCACAACAACAACAACAACAACAACAACAACGUGAAACGGCUGAUAAAACGUUUCAGCGACCACGAAGACCCCGAGAACGAAGUGGUGCUCAGAGGGGGCAGGCAAUGUCAAAGUCACGUGUACAGGGACGACAUCGAACAAGACGAGUUGAGCAGAUUAUUGGAGGAGCUUGCCAAGGUGGCCAGCGCUCCCAUUCUGAAGCCUGGAGUCACUACCAGUCUGGAUGUGUCCAAUCUGGAUGAUUUAGAGUUGAAGAAAUUGCUACCCGGAAGAAGACGUCGUUUCUCGGAGCCAGAUUAUGAUGUUCCAAGGCCACACAAAUCGUUGACUAUACUACCGAGAACUGAGGCGAAUUCGGAAGCCAUUAUUGGUUCCACGAGGUUUUUCGGGCCAAUAUUGAAACCGUCAGACAUGGUUGCGAUCAGCGGGGAAUCGUCUGAUGACCCCUCCACACUGAAUAGCAUUACCCCCGAUUCUCUGGAGGCAUCCCCAGUACCAAAACCGAAAACAGAUAGAGAUCAAAGACGCGAAACUGAGACAGAGCCCACUUAUUACAAGUCCCAUCAUUAUUACAAAUUCACCGAUCCGAAACAGUACAAUAAUUCCAGAACAUCGGAGAACUGUGCGAAAAUUCUCCAAGAACCCAGACGGACUAGUUUCAUUGUGGAAAAUGAUAUUUACGAUGAAGUUCAGUGUUUCCAUAAGGUUCAUAAAACAGAUGGACACAAAAGAAUGGAGAUUCCAAGUGAAGGGAAUGGAUGCGAGAGUGAAGAGUUUGUCGAUUCUUUGGAAGUUUGUAAAAAUGAGGUUUCUACUGGAUUUUGAAAAAUCGUACUCGCAUAUUAUGUAAGUUUCAAGUUCUCAAAGAAUACUAAACUUGUCAGUCUGAAAAGAAAACAUCAUGUUUUAUUAGGACAAGACUCAUUAGUUACCAAAAAUACCAAACUAUGUUUUCCUAGGAAAUAUGUUAUAUGUCAUGUAUAUCUAAUCCCACAUUUUUUCAUGAACUUUUGUUAUUCACAUGUUUCUAUAGGACAUUAUACUAAGCCAAAGAAUUUAUAUCUAGUAUGUUUUUUGUACUUGUUAUAAUACCUGCAUUGUGGUGUUGACUAUUCUGAGAAAAUUGAUAAUAAACUAAACUACUCAACACUAAUUUCGUCGCACACCAAAAUGUCGCCACUGUUAUAAUGUGAAUAACUUUUUUCAGUUUAGAACAAUUUGAAUUUGGUUCACACUGUUCGAUAGUCCAGUCGUUCAGCUAUAAUCUCGUACUUCAUUGAAACAUAAGGGUAUUCACAUAAAAUCUCUACAUGGUGUUUUCCGACACUGUGCAAAAUUUCGGAAUAUUCAAAAGGCUCUCAAAUGGUGAAAACAUUUUUUUUCUCAACUUCGACAACAGAGGCGAAUCAACUUCCUAUCUCUCUUAUUUACAGAGUGAUCUCAAAAAAAUCAACUUUUUGGUUUUGCAGCCAUACCUUUUUUCCACGUCAACCGAUUUUACAAAUCUUAGGCUCAUUUUGAAGAUAAAACUUCAGAUGAAGAGAUCAGAAUAUCAUAAUUGACUCAAGAUAGCUAUCAGAGAUCUAGAGUUUUCUUGAAAGUGACCCAAAUCUGGAACGCCCUCCGAAUCUCGGUUGGGAGGAGAAUUGAAUGAAAAUCAAACUUGUUCUCGGAAAAACAAUUUAUUCUGGAUGCGUCCAUAUUUUCCUCGCUCUCAGUAGUCAAGAAUUGUGCGUGAGAAAACACAAUUGAAACAUGUUCUUGCAAAAAUAUCAGACCGUUUCUCCUCUGUAAUGCAUGGCCCGUAACCAACGUUACAAGAAUCACAAUGGACUGACAAACCCGACCAGCUAAGGCUCAUCAUAAAUGGUGUACCAACAACCCUAUGCGGUCUCGCAUUGUCAUCAACGAGAACAAAGUUGUCACCCACAUUCGCGUUAGAUGCGGCAUCGAAACUAUCGAAAUCUGUUUAUGAUUCGAAAACGACCUCUAACCUGACUUUUCAGUCACUUACUCUGAUUCUUGUAACGUUGGUUACGGGCCAUGCAUUACAGGGGAGAAAUGGUCUGAUGUUUCGGCAAGAACAUCUUUCAAUUGUGUUUUCUCACGCACAUUCUUGACUACUGAGAGCGAGGAAAAUAUGGACGCAUCCAGAAUGUAUUGUUUUUCCGAGAACACGUUGAUUUUCAUUCAAUUCUCCUCCCAACCGAGAUUCGGAGGGCGUUCCAGAUUUGGGUCACUUUCAAGAAAACUCUAGAUCUUUGAUAGCCAUCUUGAGUCAAUUAUGAUAUUCAGAUCUCUUCAUCUGAAGUUUUAUCUUCAAAAUGAGCCUAAGAUUUCUAGUAUCGGUUGAAGUGAAAGAAAGUUAUGGCUGCAAAACCAAAAAGUUGAUUUUUUGAGAUCACUCUGUAAAUAAGAGAGAUAGGAAGUUGAUUCGCGAAAUAUCUCGAGGUAAUGAGAUCAUCUUCAUGCCUCUGUUGUCGAAGUUGAGAAAAAAAAUGUUUUCACCAUUUGAGAGCCUUUUGAAUAUUCCGAAAUUUUGCACAGUGUCGGAAAACACCAUGUAGAGAUUUUAUGUGAAUACCCUUAUGUCUCAAUGAAGUACGAGAUUAUAGCUGAAGGACUGGGCUAUAACAGGGGCGACAUUUUGGUGUGCGACGAAAUUAGUGUUGAGUAGUUUAUAUCAUAAGACGUUCGUGUUUCUUUAAUAAUGUAAUGUACCAAUACCUAUCUUAAAGUCCAAUAAAAAAUUCCAAAAAAGCACAUAGAGUUUACCCAUUUCAAACACAGAUGCGAUGUUUAUCAAUUUAUAAUAUUAAGGGUGGUUUGCUUAUGGAGCAAAAUUUCUACUCCCCUCGGUAUAUCAACAGUAGUGUGAUAAUUUUGUGGUAUUUUUCUCAUUUGACUCAAGAAAAACAUAAAAUCGGGUUUAUUGAAUUUUUUAUUAAGAAUAUAUAAGAACAUCGAACAUUAACAUAAAAGUACAAUUACCUACUUUCUCCGUGCUGUUUUUUUAUUUCCGCCUUUCCCUUUGAGUCUUUUCCGCACACCUGUGGCUCCCUCUGUAUCAUCGUCUUCAUCCCCGCCUUUUUUCCUCUUCCCCUUUUUAUCACUUAGAUCUUUUAUUUCCUGAAUAA